UAAAGCAUGGCUGAAGUCACAGAUAGACCUGACCAAUGAGCGUCAGUUUACUCAAGAGUUUAUCUGAAAACCACCGACGUCAAAGUGGAAUUUGCUUAUUUCUAUUGGAGCUGCAUGUGCACAAUAGAGCGAAGACAUGAGCAAACACUGGGCAGCGGUUGUACUCGUCCUGAUUCAGCUGCACUGCUGUGAUUGCUGUCCUGAUCUGUGCCAGUGCUUCUCCGCUGCAAAGGUCGUCUGCUCAGACGAGUCCAUGACAGCUUUACCUGUCAACAUCUCAGCGCAGGUGAGAGAACUGAUUGUAGUGACUUCGGGCGUCACACUUUUGAACAACUGUUCCUUCAGAGAGAACCUCAGACUUACCAAGCUGGUCGUUCUCAACAGCCUCUUGAAAACGGUCUCUCGUGACGCCUUCGAGCGCCUGCUUGAGCUGCAGGAGCUGGAAAUCAGUGGAAAUUACAGGUUGAGUUUUGACGUGCAGACCUUCAGCUCGCUGGCCAACCUUACAAGACUGCUGCUCAACAACAAUAAGAUCAGCGCUCUGGACGCUGGCAUUUUCGACUCUUUGCACAAACUGGAAACGUUGCAGUUGAGGGGGAACGUCUUGGCAUAUUUGCCCAGUAUUCUCUUUCAUCGUCUCCACAAACUGCAGGAGCUCGACCUGUCCUUCAACCACAUCAGCUCCGUCUCGGCGGAUGUCUUCCAGAACAACUCUCUCCUGAGAUCGCUCUCGCUGCAGGCCAACUCUAUCUCAAAGAUUCCCGCGGGGAUCUUCACCUGCCUGGAUCACCUGGAGGAGCUGAAUCUCAGAAGCAAUCUCAUCAGCAACCUAAGCGCUGAAACGUUCCCAUCCGGUUUGCGGAAACUGAUCCUCAAGAAGAACGCUCUGGCGCAGCUUCCCCACAAUGUUUUUCACAAACUGCAUCACAUUACGUAUCUGGACUUGUCUCAGAAUCAGCUCUCCAAAGUCCCUUCGAAUCUCUUUCAGAACCUCAUCUUGCUGAAAAAGCUGGAUCUGUCUGAGAACCGGAUUACGGCAUUGCCUGGCUCUGUCUUCAAUGGGCUGUUUAGUAUAAAAUCCAUCCAUCUGCAGAAAAAUAAACUGAGUUCACUGGAAGUGAACCUGCUGAAGGAUCAGCACGACAUGGAGCAGCUGCACUUGUCCAUGAACAGCCUGCAGAGCAUCCCACAUGGCUUCUUUGAUGACCUGGACUUCCAGUGCAUGGUCCAGCUUCACGGGAACCCUUGGCGCUGUGACUGCGGGUUACAGUACUUUUUUAACUGGCUGAGGUACAACGAAAAGAACGUGGAGGAUCUGACCAGGGUUUACUGUGAAGCUCCUGCGGUUAUUCGAGGACACCGCCUGGUGUCUGUGGACAAGGAGCAACUCGUCUGCGGGAAAAACUCCAGCUCUGAGUUUCAUGGCUCCUCCAUCCCAAACGUUACUGAGAUCCCGGUUGACGAUGAUGAAGGUGCGAUUCGUUGCUCGCUCCGAGAAGUCAAAGGCACGGCAUCCAUUCAGUGCAAAGUCACUAAAUGCACCAGUGUGACGUUUGAGGCUCUUUUUGAAUUUGCGGAUGGAAAUAAACAGGAGAGUUUCAUAAGUGAGUGGUUAGCGCCUGCGGGAUGCUCCAACAGGACCGUUUAGUGCUUUUAUUUAACAGAACCCUUAGUUAGUUUCUGCUUUAGUUGUACAAAUAUUUGGAGGAAAUUUUUCUUCAUAACAUAAUUCACUCUCAGAAAAAAUGUGCACCUUUAGGGGAAGGUGGUCCAGUCCUGUUCUUGGAGGGCCAAUGUCUUGCAGGGUUUAGCUCCAACCCGCCCCAACACACUCGCCGGGCAUUUCUAGUAAUCCAAAGACCUUGAUUAGCUGGUUCAGGUGUGUUUAAAUGGGAUUAGAGCUCAACUCUGCAGGACACCGGCCCUCCAAGAGCAGGAUUUGACACUGCUGCUUUAAAGUUUGUCACUGGGUCUGGACCCGCAAAGGGACACCUUUGUACCUUAUUUAACCCUAGAAGUGUAUACCCUAGAGCAGUGCUCUCAGACCUGUCCCGACGACCCCACAACACUGAAUAUUUUGUAUGCCUCCCUCAUAGGACGCACCCAAUUCAAGUCUUGCAUUCUCUGCUAAUGAGCUGGUGAGCUGAUAUUGUAUGUCAGAGGAGGGAGACAUACAGAAUGUUUAGUUCUGGGGGGGUCACCAGGACAGGUUUGAGAAGUAUUGCUUUAGAGCAGUAAUAUGUACCCUUAAGGUGCUACUAAAAACCUUUUAGGGGUAAAUAUGGGGCAAAGGUGUCCCUAUAAUGGUACUGCCCUAGUGACAAGCUGUUGUACCCCUAAAGGUAAAGAACCCUUAAUGAGCUUCUGCUUUAGUUUGCUUGGAAUGUAUUUUUCUUCACAUCAUGUCAUAAUUCAUUCUCAGAAAAAAAUGUAGGCAAAAAACUUAAAGGGACAACUUUGUACCUUAUCCACUGCUAAAAGGUGCAUAUCUUAAAGUAGUAAUAUGUACCCAAAAAUGAAAAUUGACUGAAAACGUCCUCAGGCCAUCUGAGAUGUAGAUGAGUUUGUUUCUUCAUCAGGUUUGUAGAAAUGUGUCUCUGCAUCAGUGUC